AAUUCUAAAAAGUUAAUUGUUCCUUCGCAUGAUAAUGGCAAGUCAACAUUGAUACAGGUGUUCUUACUUAAAGUAGAGGGCACUUAUACGCCGGCGUCAUAACUAACAACAUGUUAAAAAUAACAAUAUUUUUUUCCACUUUACUUUUUGCGUCUGGGGCGGUCUUCUAUUUGCCCGAUCUCUCGCAUUUGGACGAUAACGAUGUGACGAAAGAGGCUAAGUUUAAUUCUAGGAAAGUGGAACAGAGGAGAUUCGAGGAUGUUUUCGUUUUGGAGAUGAAUGAGGAAGGGCUGGACUUGAGGACAUUGCGGGUAGCUGACGAAAAGGAAACGGUGAUUUUUGAACGAGUCGUCGGACCUAUGAUUGAAGCUUUCAAAUGCCGUCCCGCCAAAAACCUGACAAGGAAUCCUGCGGCACAGACCACUUCGAAGAGUGAAAGAAAAGGAAACGCAAACGAGAUGAGAAAUAAAAAGAUAAAGCAAGCAAUGUUGAGACUCAUCAACAAAUUUACGAUGUCAAUAAAAUCAGAUCCUGAUGCAUUCAUAACUGAUUCAGCGUCAUCGGAAGCCAACGGCCCAUCACUUGCUUUAUACAUACAAGGCGUUUUCACAUCUCUGAUGGUAAGCAGCGACCGGAAAGAGUGGCACUUCUUCAUCCCCCCACCCUCCCCACUCCCCGCCUGGCUGUACCGGAACCACGACGCACCUUCCGUGGACAUACCAGAUGACGUCAGAGAUCAGCUGUUUGAAAAACUCCUGCAUUUGUUACAUAUGUUCUUGAGCUUUCCUUUAUAAUUUGUUUAGCUCUUAGUAUUCCGUGUAGACUAUACAGGAUGUAUGGUAAAUCGCGUUACGCAUUAAAAGGUAUAGUAAAUCGUGAACACGCUUAACUUCAUCAAAUAUAAAAUAAACAAAAUGCUUAUGUUAUAGUUUAAAAGAUAAAAAUAAUCAAAAUAGUCCACAAAGUCUUGGACACCGUGCGCUCGCUACGCGCCUCCAAUGAGACCGACGAAUGAGACCGUUCUUUGAAAUCGUUGUUUGAAUUCGCGCCAACCGUGUGGAUUCCCACACUUCUUGUUUUUGUUGGAUAAAAAGGUAAAAUUUUAACGCCUUAUUUUUUUUAUAUAUUUUGGAACGUGAUUCAGAUACUGAGUGCCCCCUUUCAAUGUAUAACGCGAUUUGCCAGAUACCCCGUAGAAAUGGCAAAUAUUAGUAGUCACGUUUCUAUAAUGCAUCUCAAUUCUGAGACUUAUUUAACAGUUUUUGAAACUGUGUUCUAAUAUUCUGAUAAUAAAUUUAUAUACAUUAAGAAAAUUCAACGCAAAACUGGUAACCCAAACUAUUUAUCAGAAAAAAAAUACUUUGCUUCACAUCUUAGUACAAAAAUGUCACAUUUACCGUCUAUUUGCAAAUAAAAUUUAGCCGUUUUAUUUGUAAAUGUCCAUCCAAUCCAAUAAAUUUUUAACCGAACUUUUCACGGGGUGUUUAUGGAUGCGAGGAAUAAAUAAAUAACAACAAUUCAACAUAACUUCUUUAUUACACGAUUAAAUGAAAAUAAAUCAUCAUUUUGAGUAACUAAAAGUAUACGGUUCAGAUAUGCAUGUUAUUUUCAAACACAAAAUAAACAUAAAUAUUGGUAAAUUAUAAAAUUAUAAAUUUAUGUUUAAUUCAAAUAAACCAGCAAGUUUAUUAAAAUACAAUAAGAAAACAAUUUUGUAUAUAAUAACAAAAUAUGUUUUUUAAGAUUCAAUAAUAUACAAUCAUUAAAGUUAUAAUUAAAAUAAAAGUAAACAUGCUAAACUUCCUUAUUGAAAAAAAAUUGCCUUUAUCAUAUCACGAUUAACUACUUUCAAUCAAAAUCAAACUAUUUUCAAAACUUGUGAAUCAUCGAGUCUAAUAACAAAAAAGCUCUAAAGAAAAAUCUACAAUUAAAGUUAGAAUAUAUAAUCGCAUAUAACAAUUAUAACAUGAAUAAAGUUUUAUAUUUAUAUUUAAAAAAAAAACAUAAUAAGAAAAUUCAUUAUCUUACUAUUUUCUUGUAUAGUGCCAUUGGAUAUACUGGAAAUUCCCUUUGAAAUAAAAUUAAUGUAGUCAUAACGUUGGCUUUUUUUUUGAACAUCGAACACAUUUUAAAACUAAAACGGGCCAACGAAACGUUAUGCCACGCUAAUGAAACAUCUGUGACAGCUACGCCACCG